AUCUUCGAGAAAACAAUGGUCACACCACAUGUACAAGUACGCGUUCAACGUGAGCAUUCGCUUCUCUGUGAUCUUUUUCUUAUGACGUUCUUGUGGUUGAGGAUUUGUUUUUGAAAAAAAGAAAUGCAGUUUGUUCGUUGACGACAGCUCAAAGUAUGGAACCGUUUGACCUGGAUUUGUUAAAGGAAGGAAGCUGGAGCAAUGUUUUGUUCAGUUUGAGGCGUUACUCAGCUGAAGGAUACAAAUUCGCCCGAACGCGAACUCCUCAGGAGAUUAAAUCAGAUGUUCUGAGCUCCAGGCGAGUUAAACAUGUUAUCGAAAAGACUGCUGAGGAAAGAAAUACAUCGGUUGAGAAUGUCACUGAUGAAGUAAAAGCAAUUUUAGAAGAGAUGGGACAUAAUUUUAAUCUUAGUAGCAUCAGAUUAAUGGCUGUAAUGCUGCGCAAAAUACUUUGCACACUAUUCCGCCGAGUUCUGAUCAAUCGGGAAGGCCUAGAGAGGCUUAGAGAUGCUGCAAAGAACAACCCAGUUGUAUUUGUCCCAUCACAUCGCAGCUAUAUGGACUUUCUUCUUGUGUCAUUCAUCUGUUUUACAAUGGACAUUCCACUGCCAUUUAUUGCAGCUGCUGCAGAUUUCAUGAACAUGCGGGUAGUCCGUACAUUGUUCAGAAACAGUGGAGCAUUCUACAUGCGUCGUUCUUUUAUGUCUGACCCACUGUACUGGGUUGUGUUCACAGAGUACAUACAGAAUCAACUUCAGAUUGGUGAUCAACCACUGGAGUUCUUUUUAGAAGGAACAAGAAGUAGAACAGGAAAAUUUCUGCAACCUAGACUUGGUGUCCUUUCCAUGGUUGUGGAUGCAUACACAAAUGCUCGUGUGCCAGAUGUUAUCAUUUGUCCAAUCAGCAUAAGUUAUGACAGAAUUCUGGAAGAAUCACUUUAUGCAUAUGAGCUGCUAGGAAUACCAAAACCUAAGGAAUCUCUUAGAGGGUUGAUCAGAAGCAGAUCUGUCCUGACAGAGGACUAUGGAAGUAUACAUAUUCACAUUGGAGAGCUUAUACCUCUGAGUAGAUUCACAGACGGAAAGCUUAACAGGGUGGAUAAUGCAGCUAUACCAAGACAUUUGUUUCAUUAUUUGUCCAAUGAUGAGAAGAAAACCGUGAAGUCACUGGGAUACAAAGUCUUGCAUGAUCUACAAAAAGGAAUGAUUCAUUCCCCUAGUGUUCUUGUGGCUUCAAUCAUGCUGCAAAAUUUACAAGGACUCCAUUUUGAUGAGCUGUUAGAAAAAUUUACCUGGCUGAAAGAGUUGUGUCUCUUGUGGCAUAUUCCUAUAAAGUCUGCAGGUAACACGGACAGUGUAGCUUUGGUAAACGAGAGUAUCGAUUUAUUAAAAUCGUCUUUGGAGAAAACCAAGGAUGGAUUUGUGAGAAUCAGAGACAUUACCGCAAAUGCAAUUGAUGGGCCAAGUUCUUCAGGGCAAGCGGCAAAGAAGGGUGAACAUCUCGCAAAUUCCGUACGAAACGUCAAAGAUGAGGCAGCCAUACACAUGCUGCUGGCAUGUAAAAGAAAUGUUAUUUUGUGCGAUUUCUUUAGAACUGGCAUGUUUUCCCUAUCUGCGCAUAAACAGCCUUCUUCAGAAAAGCAGUUAGUUCAACUGUUUGCUGAUUUUGAAUUUUUGAUGAAACUUUUGGUGCAAGAAGUUCCUCCAGUUACUGAACAAGUCAAUGAGAACUUUGAGUACUUUCGGGAGACUGUUCAGUUAUUAGAGCACCAUGGCUCGAUAAAUAUUCGAAAUGGGAAAGUAAAGAUUCUUCAGGAGAAGGACAUCACUUUCAGUGCGGACAUAUGGAGACCUAUUUUGACAGCAUACGGGAUUACAUGUCAGUUUUUUGCCAACUUCCCUGAUGGUAUUCACGAACAACCACUGUCAGAGAUUGUAAAACAAAUUCAGGACAAGGCAGCUGAGCUUGUACUCACUGGUGAUGUGAAGUUCUACGAGGUCCUCUCGCUUGACUUGUUAAGGAAUUCUGUUAUGGCGCUGGCCGAUUUGCAGGUCUUGAAUUCAUCUAAAAGUGUUGAUGGUGCUGUAGUUAUCUCAGUUCCUAGCAGUUCAAAGGUCACGGAAACCUUGCACAAAAUAGGUGAAUAUCUCGACCUACCAUGUUCUGCUUCGACUUUGACAUUGCCCCAACUGUCAAAGCUGUGAGCGAAAAUGCUUAACUGUCAGUAAUAGUGACAGAGAUUUGCAACAAGAGCGUAAGAUGGAAACAAGAAGAUAUUUUGGAAUCGACUCUUCAACAAAAUGGUUCCAAGUUCUCGUUGAGAUACUGGUGUGCCAUCUGUGAUCGAGGAAAAAGGGUGCAAUAAUCCUUUCUAAUUGCCGUUUCAUUCAACUGACGUAAAAGGAAAAAAAAUUUGUAGUGAGCUUAAAAGAGCAAUUAAUACCAAGGUGUAGCUUAGGAGGUGGUUGUAUUUACCACUCCAUCCUUUGUGAAGAACCUAUUUUAUCAUUCCAUAUGGUUAAAACAAAAUUAAGUAGAUGGGAGUUGUAACUGACCACAGUCGGCGAAACAAUCAGUUAUGUGAAGUGCUUUAUCUAUCUCAUGCACCUGGGAGGUGAAUCACUUGAUAGGAUGUUGUUCAGUUUUUCGUAUACAGUGCAAACUGUUAGAAGUGCGUUGUUAGGAACGUCUGAGGUGACAAUCAGUUUUACGACCAUGAAAAAAUUCCUCCUCACAAUAUCAAUGAAAUGUCAAGCAGAUGAGAAUAAAGAAAAAUAUCAAUCAAGGGAUUGAUAGCUGAUCCAAUACCGAAUUCUCCAUUCUAACAAUAUGAGAACUGUAUCGGAGACAGUAAGGAGAAUUGCUGAUGAGAUCUUGGGAGUAAAAGGGUUAAGCAAACUUUUAGAAUCAGUUAUGCGAUUAUUGCUUUUCUCUGUUAUUUGAACGGCCAUUGUCAACAUAUGUUGACAACUUGACUGUGUGGAACUUAAUAUCAUUGGACUCUGAUAAAAAUUAAACAAUGAAAAGGUAGCUUAAUAAAU